AUGUUUGAUUGCUCUAAAGAAGGGAAGAAAAAUGUGUCGUACCGAAAUAAACGAGGUGAAACUAAGGAACGUAAACGUGGGGAGACUCGUUGUAACUGCCCAGCUCGAAUGAGCGUUUGGAAAAAAAAUGAAACUUGGGUGGUGAAGCAUUUUGUAGAGAAGCACAAUCAUCUGCUCGCUACUCCUAGGAAGGUCCACUUUUUGAGAUCUCAUAGAGGUGUGUCAGCUACAAAAAGAGCGCUUGUCCAGGAGUACACGGAGGCAAAUAUCCCCACGUGCAAACAAGUUAGAUUGUUUGAAAUUGAUUCUGGUGAAUCUUUUGAAGGCAUACGUGGGGCGCUGAUGAAAAUAACAAGAGAGCUCAUCGAUGAUGCAUCGUUGACUGAGGCGAGAAGCAAGUUUUUAAUGGAGAAACUCAAAAUUUUGAAAUGGGAGAGGGGCCAUGACAAGCGCAAAUGUCUCAAUCCUAGCAUUCAACUUGAAGUUGAUCCAUACCGUCCAGACAUGUCAAAAGUGACAAAUUCUGGUGGAAAUUUCAUGUCUGAAAUUGAUUAG